CCCAUUUUGAUGGAAAAGCCAAGGUCCGAUCACGUCGUUCUCUUCAUUGAUCAACAAAACCCUAAACCUCCAGCCACGGAAACAGAGCUCAAGGACCAGAUAGCCGCAGAGCAGAAGUCCCAGAACUCAGCAAGAACGAAAAUUCUUCGCCGCCUCAACUUCUCCAAACCAAAAGCUCGAUUACUAGAGUUUAACUAUCCGGCAACUGGCCACAAACCAAUUCCUGAAUCUGACGAAAUGGAAUCUUUUCUGGAAAAGUACUCUUCGAGCGAAGAUGACGACGACGAUGAAGAUGUCGAGUGGGAGAACGAAUUUGAUGAAGGCGAUGGAGGAAUGGGAGAAGAUCAGGUAAGAAAGAGAAGGAGGAAAAUUAAGUGGAGACUCUUGGUGGAAUGGGUAUUGUUCAUCGUUAUUAUGACUUGUUUGAUUUGUUCUCUCACUAUAAAAUCAAUCAAGAACGAGAUCAAAUGGGGAAUGGAGACAUGGAAAUGGUGCUUAAUGGUGAUGGUAACCUUCUGCGGCCGCCUAGUUUCCGGCUGGUUGAUGACUUUCAUUGUCUUCUUAAUCGUCCGCAACUUCAUGCUAAGAGAAAAGGUUUUGUAUUUCGUCUAUGGACUCAGAAAAAGCAUUCAAAACUGCCUCUGGUUGGCCCUCGUUCUUAUCGCAUGGAGCAUGUUCAACGGGAAAGUUCGUGAAAAUAACAAGAUUCUCAAGAAAGUCUUUCAAGCUCUCGUUGCAGUGCUCCUCGGUGCAACGAUUUGGCUUAUUAAAAUCAUAUUAGUGAAAUUAUUGGCCUCAUCGUUUCACGUUACAACAUAUUUUGAUCGAAUGAAAGAGAGUGUGUUUCAUCAUUAUAUACUGGAUACGCUUUCGGGGCCGCCGAUGGACAUGGACGGAUUGAUGAGUAAAGAGAAGCAAGGUCAUAAUCUGACGGAAUCGAAGUCAAUGCCGGCGAGAUGGAAGGAGGGGAAGUUGAAGGAAGCGAGGAAUGCUUACAAAUCUAAGAAGUUUGGGUCGAGGAAGAUUGACAUGGAGAAGCUGAGGAGGUUGAGCACGGAGAGGAGGGCUUCGGCUUGGAGCGUGAAGAAGCUGGUGAAUUACAUAAGGUCAUCAGGUUUAUCAACCAUUUCUAAGACUGUUGACGAGUUUGGAAACGCUGAAUCGGAGAUUACUAGCGAAUGGGCAGCGAGAAACUCUGCGCAAAGGAUCUUCAAGAACGUAGCUAAACCGGGUGCCAAGUAUAUUGAAGAAGAAGAUUUAAUGAGAUUUUUGACACGUGUUGAGAUUCACACUAUAUUUGCACUCUUCGAAGGGGCCCUUGAGACUGGAAGGAUCACAAAAUCUUCAUUUAGAAAUUGGGUGGUUCGCGCUUAUCUUGAACGAAAAGCUUUAGCACAUUCUUUGAAUGAUACCAAAACGGCAGUUCAACAACUGCACAAAUUGGCAAGUGCAAUUGUCAGUAUAAUCAUUCUUGUGAUGUCUCUCAUGGUUAUGGAGGUGGCAACAUCCAAAGUAAUAGUUUUUGUCCUCACCCAAUUAGUUCUCGUGGGCUUCAUGUUUCGGAACACUUGCAAAAUGGUCUUCGAGUCCAUCGUCUUCAUCUUCAUCAUGCACCCUUUUGACAUUGGAGAUCGUUGCGUCAUUGAUGGCGUUCAGAUGAUUGUGGAAGAAAUGAAUAUAUUAACGACGGUAUUUCUCCGAUAUGAUAUGGAGAAAAUUUAUUAUCCGAAUGCGGUCUUGCUCACAAAGCCAAUCAGCAAUUUCUACAGAAGUCCAGAAAUGGCUGAUAGUAUUAAUUUCACAGUUGAUAUAUCUACAUCCAUGGAUUCCAUCAUUACGCUUAAGAAGGCGAUUCAAGCAUAUGUUGAGAGCAAACCCAAGUACUGGAACCCCAGGCACUCAGUGAUUGUGAAAGAAAUUGACGAACAGAACAAGUUGAAAAUGUGCCUAUGUGUUCAACAUACCAUCAAUCAUCAAAACUAUGGGGAGAGGAGUAGUCGGAUAUCUGAGCUUAUCCUUGAGUUGAAAAAGAUCCUUGAGAACCUUGGAAUCAAGUAUAGUCUUCUUCCUCAAGAGGUUCGUCUCAACCACGUCAACCUCGACAAUUGGAGCUAAAUUUCAUGACAUUUACUGUCUUAAUUUAUAUAUACUAAUUAUAGUUAUUUUUACGUUUAAAAUAAUUAUUCUAAGUGACUUCUGUAAUUAAUUAAUUAAGUUGUGUUACUUUAAUUUUAGUAAUUAAGGCUGUUGUUAUAAGUACG